AUGUCAUAUUAAUUUGGGAUCAAUCAAUUAUAGAGCACAACAGUUCCAAAUGCAAAGUACAAAACCAUCCUUUGUCGACAUUAUCAAGGUAUUCAAACUCUUAUUAUCAAAAAUAGCAACUAAAUAAUGUGCCAUCGGUUCUAAAUGUUAAUUCGCUCAUGGGAUUGAAGAGUAAAGACAAAUGAAUGGUAAUAGAUAAAGUUAUAAUUCAAAGAUCCCUUGCCUGCUUCGGCACUUUCAUCAAUCACCACUGCUCCUCAAACAGCAAUCAUCGAAUAACAAUAAAAAAAUUAAUAACCUUUGUUUAAAAGUAUGAAUAAUAUCAAAUAAAUAAGUACCUUGCAAGUACCAUCAACUCAAUUUUUGUAAGAAUGGAUCAGGAUGCCAAUAUGUUCAUGGUAUGUAUUUAUCAUUUUUAAUCAAAUAGAUUCGGACAUACAAACACAACCAUAGCAAUAAUAAUAAUAAUAACAAUAACAACAAUAAUAAUAACAAUAACAAUAAUAAUAACAAUUCUAAUUAUUAUAACAAUAGUAAUAAUAGUAAUUUUAAUAAUAACAACAACCAGUCGAUGCGAUGUCCGUUACCUUGUCGCAUAUCUUGAUGGAAAUGUAGCAAAUCUUCAAUCAAGAAGUGAGUUAAUUUAAUUUUACAUAGGAUUUACUUCAAAAAAUAAGGUUUGCCAUUGAAUAAGUGAGAUAAGGAAAUUUAACAUUGGCGUGUGACUAGAUCAGAUCCAUUAUUAACUCAUCAGACAGAACCGCAGAUGAAAUUCAAUAAUAUACAUUGUUAUAUAAUUAAUCAGUAGCAUAUUACAAAUAACUAUUAUAACAAUGA